CCCAGGCGGCCCCGGACCCGCCCCGUCUUCCCGGGGCUUCCGGGAGCUGCGACGCGGCUGGGCGGGGGCGGGCCGGGGGCGCGGCGGGGCCUGAGUCAGGGCGGGGUCGGGGGUCCUACAGAGCCGGGCGUGCCGGGUUCGGGGGGAUCGGGGCGGGUAUGAGGCAGCCGGGGGGGCCUGGAAGGGGUCAUAGGCUGGGGGUCACAGGCCGAGGCUCGGCGUCUGAUGAGGAAGGGGCGGGGCUAUAUGGCCACACCUUACCAAGCCCCACCCCUCGUCCUUGAUUGGCUGCCUCCGCCGUCACGCGCGGCAGCAGCGGUGGUGGGGCGGGGUCAGCGCGAUGGCGGCGGCGGCGGCGGGCCCGGCGCGGCGGAGGCGGCCGGAACGGGGGGAGGCGGCGGGGCCUCCGCCGAGCCCCACCGGGUCCCCCAAGUCGUCCGGUACCGGCCCCGGACUGGUACGGCGGCUGCUGGGGUUUGAGCUACGGGACCUGACGCGAUGGCACCGCUUCGUCCGUCUGCUGCACCGACCAGAGGACCCCGCUGCGCUCGGAGCUUUCCGCGCAGCCUUCGGGCUGCUGAUGGCCCUGGAUGUGCCGCAGGAGCGGGGCCUGGGGCACCUGGACCAGCGGUACCUGGAUGGGCUGGAGGUGUGUCGCUUCCCACUGCUGCCCUUCUUGCAGCCCCUGCCCCUGGACUGGAUGUACCUUCUCUACACCUUCAUGUUCCUGGGAGCAUUGGGCAUCAUGCUGGGGUGCUGCUACCGGCUGAGCUGUGUGGCGUUCCUAUGCCCAUACUGGUACCUGCUGCUGCUGGACAAAACCUCCUGGAACAACCACUCCUACCUCUAUGGGCUGCUGGGCUUCCAGCUGGCACUGCUGGGUGCUGACCGCUACGGGUCUGUGGACGGGCUCUUCCGUCCCCAGAAGCAGAAUGCCCACGUGCCGCUAUGGAACUAUGCCCUGCUACGUGCCCAGGUGUUCAUCGUGUACUUCAUCGCGGGGCUGAAGAAGCUGGAUGCCGACUGGGUUGGGGGGUUCUCCAUGGGAACCCUCUCCCGGCACUGGCUCUUUGCACCCUUCAGGCUGGUGCUGUCUGACGAGCUGACCAGCCGGCUGGUGGUGCAUGGAGGGGGACUGGUGCUCGACCUCUCUGCCGGCUUCCUGCUCUUCUUCGAUGCCACGCGGCCCCUUGCCCUCAUCUUUGUUACCUACUUCCACUGCAUGAACUCCCAGCUCUUCAGCAUCGGCAUGUUCUCCUACACCAUGCUGGCCACCAAUGGGCUCUUCUGCCGGCCUGAGUGGCCACGGGGGCUCCUGGCCCGCUGCCCCCCCUGGCUGCAGGGGUGGCUCCCCAGCACAAAGCCCCCCCAGCCCAGCCCUGACUGCCACUACGGGGGCCGGGGGGCACAAGGGGGCCUUCAGCCCCACCAGCACCUGGCCGCAGCCUUCACCAUCCUCUACGUGCUGGAGCAGCUCUUCCUGCCCUACUCCCACUUCAUCACCCAGGGCUACAACAACUGGACCAAUGGGCUCUAUGGCUACUCCUGGGACAUGAUGGUCCACUCCCGCUUCCACCAGCAUGUCAAAAUCACCUACAGGGAUGGGCUCACAGGGGAGGUGGGCUACCUGAAACCAGGGGCGUUCACACAGAGCCGGCGCUGGCGGGACCAUGCAGACAUGCUCAAGCAGUACUCAGCAUGCCUGAGCCAGCUGCUGCCGCGCUACAACAUCACCCAGCCCCAGAUCUACUUCGACAUCUGGGUGUCCAUCAACGAGCGCUUCCAGCAGAGACUUGUGGACCCCCGAGUGGAUCUGGUGCGUGCCCCAUGGUCCCCGUGGACCCCCACACCAUGGCUGCUCCCGCUGCUAGUGGAUCUCUCUCCAUGGCGCCAGCGGCUGCAGGAGUUGGAGGCACAGCUGGACGGACACAUGGACACUGUGUUCAUCGCAGAUUUCCCUGGCCUGCACCUGGAGAACUUUGUGAGUGAAGAUCUGGGGAACACAAGCCUGCAGGUGCUGCGGGGGAAGGUGGUGGUGGAGCUGGUGGAGCAGCAGCAGAACUACUCACUACAGGAGGGUGAGAGGAUGCAGCUGCCAGCAGGGCAGUACCACAAGGUGCACACGGUGUCCCCGGAGCCCUCCUGCUACAUGUACCUGUACAUGAACACUACGGCACUGGAGCUGGAGCGGAACCUGACACGGCUGCGGGAGCUGAGGGAGCGCGUGCGCAACGGCACCGAACAGUCCCCGCUGCCCCCUGAGCUGCGUCCCCUCUUGGGGGAACCCCCACCCGCGGGGGUCCCGCUGGACCCGGUGGUGUCGCUGUUCCUGCGGCGGGAACAGCAGGAGCAACGGCGCGAGAAGGAAUCCAGCCUGGCCCAGCGCCUCCGGCGCUUCCUCCGCAGGAAGUUCUUCCUCUUCCGACGCAGUGCCCUGAUGACGCUGAUUGCGCUGCGGAACCUGGCGCUGGGCCGCCCGUCCCCGGAGCGCCUGGCACAGGAGGUGGCCUUCGCCAGCUGGCGUGGGGAGGAGGAGGAUCGGUCCCAGACUGACGGGGGGGCCCAGAGGGGCCCCGAGCUCUGAACACCCCAAAUAAAUGCCGUUUUUUAAGCCAGAAAUCUUCCUUUACCCGUUUCCCCCGUGACCUAGAUUCUCCCCAUAACCAGCUCCCCAUGCCCUGUGCAUUCCCCACCCACUAUAUCCAUUUCCUCCCUCCCUCAGCUCCUGCUGUGUUCCAGCUCCCCAGCCACAUUCCCAUCCUGGCUCAUCCAUCCCAGUCUCCCCUGUAUCCCAGUACCCCUGCGCCUAUUUCCUCUGACACCCCACUUUCCCCCAAACUCAUUUCCUCCAUACCCCAAUUUCCUGUAUCUGUUUACCCAUUCCUCACUAUUUCCCCAAACCCCAACUUCCCCCACACCCUUUGCCCCAGUUCUCAUUCCUGCCUUAUACUCCACUUUCCCUACUCCUAUUUCCCCGAAUCCCAGGACCCUGUGCCUCAGUUUCCCCAGUACCUGUUCCCCCCAACACACUUUCCCCCUAUGUACUCCCCCAGCCACCCAUCCCACUUUCCCUUGUAUCCAAAUUUCUCUAUCUCCCACUGCCUCAGUUUCCAAAAUCCUCCACCUGCCCCCUUCAACUGUUUCCCUCACACACUUGCAGUGGCUCCAUCUAAUCCAUUGCUUUUAUUGAGAUUUUGUUGUUUUUGGAUUCAGUGGAUCAAAACAUUUGGAUGAAACCUCCCGAAACUAGUAAAACCAAGGGAAAAAAAAAAAUCCUCAAAGGCAGGAGAAAGCCCCCGCUGCUCCCCCCCAAGGCACUCUGGGGGCCGGAGUCUGGGCGGGCAGUAAACAAGCCGGCUUCUCUGUACCACACCGACCACCAGCGCCACGCCCGGGGCACCCCCGGCGCUCCAACAAACCCAAUCCCCCCAGGUUUCACCCCAAAUUGGUGGGAGGUGGGGGGAGGGCAGGGGGAGGAGAAGGGGGGCUUUCAGGGAUCAGGAGCUGCCGGCUGAGUGCGGGGACUUCUCUGUACUCACGCCCCCGCCUCGGCGCACAAUAAAUACAUCAAACCUUCAAGUAUCAAGCGCCAAAUGCCCCCCCUUUCCCCCCAAAAUCUGGACAAAGUUGGGGGGUGGAGGGGUUGUGCAGUUAGGGAGUUGCUUCAACUUUUGGAUUAAAACCCCAAAAAAUAAAAAAAAAUUUCCUCUGGUACUGAACCCUCGGGUGGGGGGGGGGUGGUUAGGUGUUGGUUUUAGCAUGUCCCCCAAAAGUGUGCAUUUUUUUGGAACAAAAAGAGGUUUAAAAUGAGGGUUAAGAACCAAACCCAGCACCAGCAAGGUCCCAGGGGUGUGGGGAGGCGGAAUGGGAAGUGUCUUCCCCACCUGUGGGACUGGGGGAUCCAAAAUGAGUAUCCUCCCAGUGGAAUGGGGACUGUUGUGGGGGACACACAGGGAGCCAAACUGAGGGGGGAGGGCCCCCCCCCCCCAUGUAGUGGUAUUUGGGGUCAAGGGGGAAUGGAGAAUGAUAAAAUGGGGUACCCCCCCACGGCAGGACUGCUGGGACCCAAAACAGGGUGGCCCUUGCCACAGUGGGACUCGGGGCACAGGGAAGGGGGAGGGGGCACUUGGGCCUUUUCCUCCAUCUCAUAGUUCGGAAGGAACAGUUUUGUUAAAAACUAUCCAGACGGAUCUGGGGGGACACGGGUGGGGGGGCUCCAGGAGAGGCACAUGGUCCCCACACAACCAAAACGACGGUGAGAGACAAUGGCAGGGCUGCGGAGCCUGGGGCGGGGGGGGGGGAGGGGGGGAAGGGGGGGAGACCCGGGAGCUCUUUCCCCCAGAGCCCACGGGCUUCUCUGUAUCCUACGUCCGCGGGAGUGGGGGUAAAAGCCCUAACAAUGCUUUUUUUUCUCAGUAUUUUAGCUUUUUGGGCACUUCCCAAGGGAAACUGUCCCUACCAAAGUGGCCAUAGGCUGCAGUCCUCUGA